UAUACCUUGACCCAUCUUCACAAUAUCAAGCUAUUACAAACUGUAUCUUAUACCUUGACACAUCUUCACAAUAUCAAGCUAUUACGAACUGUAUCUUAUACCUUGACCCAUCUUCACAAUAUCAAGCUAUUACGAACUGUAUCUUAUACCUUGACACAUCUUCACAAUAUCAAGCUAUUACGAACUGUAUCUUAUACCUUGACACAUCUUCACAAUAUCAAGCUAUUACAAACUGUAUCUUAUACCUUGACCCAUCUUCACAAUAUCAAGCUAUUACAAACUGUAUCUUAUACCUUG